AUGCCACUUGUCUACAACAUCGCUUGGCUUUGUUUGGCCGUCGCACUUCCUGCCAACUUCUCGCUCAGAGCUUUGUUGGACUAUGAAAGGGACAAAGAAGAAAAUAAAAUGGACAAUUUUUGGCUAAAUUUUCGCCCAUUGGUAUCUUCUCGAGCUGGUGAUAGACUGGGUAUUAUGCUGGCUCCCAUUUUAUACCGAAUUCAAGCUUCUUUUUCUUCUCUCGACGUCGCCAAUUAG